AUGUCUAUUGACCAAAAACAAAAUUUCAGCAUGCAUUGUGGCAAAUGGCUCUCUUUGGCUCUGACAGUGGCUCAGUUUGGUCCAUGUUUUCUCUGCAUACCCAGAUGUAAUGGUGAGGACAUGGAACACAUUUUUGUGAGACCUCGGAGCAUUUCCAAGAUGCCGGUUGUUCAUGAGGAACAGAUACUAAAACAGCCUUUGAUAUCAGGACAGGUCAAGUCUGACUUAGAGAAGCAAGACAGCUCUCUGGCUGACAACUGGCCACAGUUUUUGGAUGGACCUUAUGAAGCCACUGUUCCUGAAAUGUCUGCAGAAGGUACAUCAGUGAUCCAGGUUACAGCUAGAGGUCCAGAUUCAAUGGGUGCUCGACUAUUUUACAGCAUCCCCCCAGAACAGCCCUAUUUCUCUGUGGAGCCAACAACAGGAAUCAUAAGAACUCUUUACCCAGUGGACAGGGAAACCCAAGAUCAGUACUUUGUUCUUAUCCAAGCAAGAGUUGGCCAAGCAAGCAAACAUUCUGCAACAACAACUGUAACCAUCAACAUUUCUGAUGUUAAUGACAAUCCUCCCCGAUUUCAGCACAAGCGCUAUGACAUGUAUGUCUCUGAGACAGCACCUGUCGGCAGCACACUAGGCAAAAUCAUGGCAGACGACAAUGACAUAGGCGACAAUGCAGCCAUGGAAUAUAUUAUAGAAGAAGAACCCCCUCAUAUUGUUUACAUCAUUACUGACAAUAAGACUCAAGAAGGAGCUGUCAUAUUAAACAAGACACUGGAUUAUGAGACCCAAAAUGUAUAUGAUAUAAGAGUGAAGGGUAUCAACAGACACAUAGAUAAACGUUUCCUUGCAGAAGACAUGAAAUUUGAAGACACUGCCAUUCUGAGGAUCAGAGUGCAGGAUGUGGAUGAACCUCCAGUUUUCAUAUCAAAGGAAUUAUUGGUGGAGAUUUCUGAAGAGGAUAUGAACAAUUCAUUUGUGGGAGCUGUGAGUGCAAGAGAUCCAGAUAAAGCCAAUAGUCCUAUCAGGUAUUCUAUUGUCCUCAGCGAGUAUUUCAGCAUCAAUGCACACAAUGGAACAAUCACUAUUACUAAACCACUGGACCGAGAGAUAGCGGCUUGGCACAACAUAACUGUUACAGCCACAGAAUCAAUGAACCUAGAACAAAUAUCAGAGGUGAAUGUUUAUAUCCAGGUUCUUGAUAUCAAUGAACAUGCACCAGAAAUUUCAGAAUAUUAUGAGAUGUAUGUUUGCGAAAAUGCAAGAUCCAGCCAGUUCAUUCAGACCAUCAGUGCAGUAGAUAGAGAUGAUCCCAUGGAAGGCCACAAUUUUUUCUUCUAUUUGACUGAGGAGGCAACAAAUGUAUCGGGUUUUGCAAUUGAAGAUAAUCAAAAUAACACGGCCAGAAUUGUUACCACUAGAAAUGAGUUCCAUCAUCGAGAACAACUACUUUUCCCCUUGUUAAUUCUAGUUGCUGACAAUGGGACUCCGCCUCUUACGAGCACCAAUACUCUAACUGUCACUGUGUGUGAGUGCGAUGAAAGAGUUAAUGUUCAAUCAUGCAGAUUUGGAACUAUUCUUUUUUCAAUGGGUAUUAGUGUGCAAGCUUUGGUUGCUGUUGUGGCUUGCAUACUAAUAAUAUUCGUCUUUGUUCUAGCAAUUGUGGCCUUGAAACAGCAGACAAAGCCAUCUCUGUUUCCCAAGAAAGGAGAACCAUUCAGAGAGAACAUUGUUAAGUAUGAUGAUGAAGGGGGUGGAGAGCAAGACACUGAGGCUUUUGAUAUUUCAGCACUAAGGACCCAACCUGUCUUGAGAGAACAUAAACCUCGGAGAAAUAUCACAACACAGAUCCAAAGCCUUUACAGACAGUCACUACAAGUUGGCCCUGAGAGUGCUAUAUUCCGGGAAUUCAUUGCUCAGAAACUAGAAGAAGCUAACUCUGACCCAGAUGUUCCCCCUUUUGAUUCCCUUCAGAUUUAUGCUUUUGAAGGAAUUGGGUCAGUAGCUGGGUCUCUAAGCACACUAGGAUCAAGUUCCCCUGAUUCAGAUGAAAAUGAGUACUUCCUACUUGAACUGGACACCCACUUCAAGAGAGCAGGAACCAUUCAUGAUUCUGCCCCCCAAAAAUGGGGGGUUUAGAAUGAACUGAUGGUCACAAUAUGGAAACAUUCCAAGACUUAUCAGAGGAUAGCUCUUAUUGUAUGAAAGUGGAAAAGCAGAACACAGUUAAGUUGAUACAAUUUUAAACUGAGUGCAAAUCAUAUCAAAAUGUAUUAUUUAAACAAAAUUAAUUAUCUUCAUUUGCCAGAAAUGUAAUAGUAAUGUUUCAACUUAUGUGUAUUAUGCUGGAAUAAGUGGUUAUUUACUGUCAUUAGAAGGAUAGGUGUUGUGAUGAGGAAGUUGUAAUUAUUUCCCUUCACAAUAUGCAUGCAUGCUGAAAAAAAGAUGUUCCUUCUAAAAUGCUGAUCUUUCAGAAUACUGGAAACAGAUGACUGAUAUGAGUAGACUAUUGAGAAAAGAAAAUGUAGAAUACAACCUUGGAAAACCAGAAAUAUUAUAUGUAAAUAUUCUCCACAGUUCAAGCUUUGCAAAUAUUUAAAUAUCUUUUGACAACAAUGCAACAUGCAAAACUGUAAACUAUAUUAUGUCUGUGUACCAUAAAUGUAGUUGCAUGGCAUUCAGUACAUUUUACAACUGACUCUAGGAAGCG